UUCUCUAUACUGUUAGAAACCAAAUGAAGUCGUCAGCCUUUUGCCUUCAACAUCGGAAAGUGAUAUUAUUUUUUUGAUAUAUGAAGCUAUUGAUGUUAAUUUCAAAAAAAUUGGUAGAAUAUUUCAGCUAUAUAGUUCAUUGAAAAUUAUUCAAAUGACAAGCAUUGUGAACAGGUCAUAUCAGAGCGAGAUAAUUUCGGAAUACGAAGUCCACAAGCCUUUGUACAAUACAGACAUCUGCUUAUUGCUGAUCCUCUGUACUAUUCCUGUUUGUGGUGCAGGAGAAAUUAUCAUCGGAAAAACUGGCGCAAGAACAGCUCCGAACCUCUCCGGUGUUUUAUACGCAACUGUUACAAAACUACCAUGGAAAAUUCCACUACAAUAAUGUUUAUUCUACAAAGACUGAAUGAGACGAUGUCUACCAAACACACAUACUUUGCUGUCACUUUACUUGUUUACCUUUUUAUUAUUUUCGUGAACUUGACUUUGAUCGUGACAAUUAUUUUGGAAAGAACACUCCAUGAGCCCAUGUUUAUUUUUCUGUGUAGCUUGUGUGUAAAUGGGAUAUUAGGUGCCUGUACAUUUUAUCCUAAAAUACUUGUGGACCUUUCAUCUGAUUUGAGUGUUACUUCGUAUAAAGCUUGUCUGAGUCAAAUUUUUGUAUUAUACACCUAUACCUCCUGCGAAUUGACGACGUUGGCAAUGAUGGCUUAUGACAGGUAUAUCGCGAUAUGCAAGCCGCUCAGUUACCACUCCAUCGUCACGCCUCGGAAGGUGAUGAAAUUGCUGCUUUUUACCUGGCUUUUUUCCAUCUGUGAAUCAGCUUUUGCGGUGGUCCUGAUAGCCAGACUACCUCUUUGUGGAUUCAACAUCGACAGGAUUUAUUGUACAGGUUGGCCAGUGGUAAAGCUGUCAUGUGUGGAUACCACGAUCAGCAACGUGUACGGGUCCAUUCUCGCGGUUUUUCACGUUGCACAGGUUGUGCUGAUCUUGAUUUCUUAUGUUGAUAUCAUCAAAGCCUCUGUGCGAUCCCAGGAAGAACGGAAUAAGUUCAUGCAGACGUGUUUGCCCCAUUUAAUCUCAUUAACCAACUUCACAGUCUCCGUCUUUUUUGACCUCAUGUACGCUCGCUAUGGUCCCCCCAAUCGUCUGCUGGCUUUCCGCAAUUUCAUGUCCGUGGAGUACCUCGUUGUUCCACCAAUCCUGAAUCCCCUCAUUUAUGGCCUGAAACUGAACCAGAUCCGCCGGAGAAUAUUUAGGAUUUGCAGCCAGAAAAGUCGUACUUUAAAGUGAAUGUCUCUACUUUGUCCAGGGUGGAAAAAUAAUAUCCCGUCUACAAAUGUUUUCAUAAAAAUGACAACAGGAUAAAAGGAAUAUCUCUAAACACGUGAACAAAAUGACUCUAAGAUGCAGCACAGUUUUAGAUAUUCCCGGUAGUAAUAUAGGCCCUUCUUGGUCUAGUGGCUUAGUCUGGCUUACAUUAUGUUUUCGUUAUACGCAAAACUUUGUGGGUCAUGGGUUGUGUUCCCUUGCCUUGCUUUGCCUUGCCUUGUGUGUAAAAUCACUGUCAUUACGGCACAUUCGGAGUUGGAAAACCCAGACAAAUGCAAACUGGAAUGAGUCUCGUUUUUCCCUGUGUUUAGACUCAUUUCAGUUAGAAUCCUUUUGUUCAAAUCCACUCA